CAUUGCUACCAUUAACCGCGGUCAGCGCCAUGGUGGUCAAAAAGACACGUGUUGGUGGAGCUCUCCUUUCGGCCUCAUGCUCUGCCAAACACACCAGAUGCUGUCCCCAACGCCUGAAACCUUGUCAAGCACAUACGGAGUAGUUAAAUGAACGGGGUCUGGACAUGGCGGGGGCCUGGUUGCAACAACAACAACAACAACAACAACAACAACAACAACAACAACAACAACAUUCCAGCAGAGCUCCAACCGCCUAAAGAUGGUUUCAUAUCUGAUUUGGACCUGACAGGCAGACAAGCCACGAAUCCGGAAAGGCCACGAGCGCUCAUUCAGUGCCAUAGAAUAUAAUCUUCAAAAAGCUCGCCCCCAAGGAUACCUCUUUUCUUUCUUCUACCGUACAAUAGCGCAGUGACUCAACAACACAUGGUAUGAAUGCUUUCCGCCAAUUAGGUCCUCGGCUCUACCGCCAAGGCGCCUCCCCUCCACACAUCAACCAAUCUUCCAUCUUCCCUAUACUCGACCCAGCUACGAAAAUUGAGGAAGAGCGGAUGCCUGCUUAUGAGCAAAGCCUCUUUUACCCAGUCAAACUAGGGGAUGUGUUCUGCGCAAAGUAUCAAAUUAUUAGCAAACUGGGAUUCGGUGCAAAUGCAACUAUUUGGUUUUGCCGUGACCUCCAAUCACAUCGUUAUGUUGCAAUGAAGGUUUACAUACACAGCUCUGAGACCAGUCGGGAAGUGCAGGCCCUUAAACACCUUUCGAGUCUGAAAACCGACCAUCCUGGCAGUGCGCUUGUCCGUACAAUGAUAGAGAAUUGUGUAAUUCCUGGCCCCAGGGGCAAUCAUCAAUGCAUUAUAUACCAGCCACUUCUCACAAGUCUUUUACAUUUUCAAGCAACGCUGAAUCCGACGAGCUUACCGGAGGAUCUAUUGAAAGGGGCAUUGCAGCAACUAUUACUCGCACUGGAUUAUUUGCAUUCAGAAGCCCAUGUCAUACACACCGAUUUGUGCCUUUUCAACAUAUGUACAAAGGACAGCUCGAUCUUUCGUCAGUGGGAAAUUGACGAGAAUACCGAUCCAAGCCCUCGAAAGAUUGACGGUAACCGCGUCGUCUACCAAUCACGAUUGUUCCGUCGUAAAAAGGGCUGGACCGGUUUUGGGAUGCCUAUUCUCUCAGACCUCGGCGAGGCUCGCAUUGGAGAUGUACACGAUGGACUGAUUCAACCGGAUAUCUACCGUGCCCCAGAGGUUGUUCUUGGAAUGCAGUGGGAUUCAAAAGUCGAUAUCUGGAACGUUGGAGCAUUGAUUUGGGACUUGUUCGAAGAUCACCAUUUAUUUGACGGCAGAGGGCCCGAUGGAAAGCAUUCAAACGCCCAACUUCUAGCGGAGAUGAUGGCAAUGAUUGGUCCCCCACCACUUUCAUUUCUUCGCAGGCGUGAUCAGAGUUGUAGAUAUUGGGAUCAUUCAGGUAAUUGGAAAGGCCCAGUAGAAGUUCCUGACUUAACACUGGAGGACUCGGAAGAGUACCUGGAGGGAGAAAACAUGGAAACGUUUUUGCGAUUUAUGCAGAAAAUGCUACGAUGGGAUCCCAGGGAUAGACAGAGCGCCCGAGAACUUUUAACGGACCCUUGGUUAACAAAGCCAUGA